GGGCGGCGUCCGAGUACCUACUGUCCUCUCACGUGUAGAGGGCCAAGCGCAUUCAAACAGUUAUUGUAAACACAGCAGAGAGGAUGUGUUAUUCUGUAUAUAGGUUUGUGACACCCGACAACUAUAAACAGCGCCGCAUCUAGCCUUAGGGUGGAGUAGUAGUACAACAGGCAGGUAGAUUUUUCUGUUGUAGAUGUAGCUCGUACCACCUGAAGAAGGGCUGAGUCUGAAACCCUUUGGUUUAUUUUGAAGGCGGAGCUGGUAUACAUUACCUGUAUGUGAGUCACAUAGGGCAGUUAUUGACGAAGGUGUUGUAUAGGUAGGCAGUUUGAUUUAUAAAAUAGAGUUGUACGCAGUUUCCAACUUAGGUGUAUUCAUAUCGUAUGCAAUACUUCCAUACCAAAGGUAUAGCAAACUUUGAGUGUUUACUUUUGGAACCUUGUUCAGAAAGCGCUCACUUAUGAAAACUUCGAGUGAUUCCGGUAAAAAUGAACGCAGGGACAGUGUGUUUGUCUUUGAAGACGAGCAACCUGGAGGUUGUAGUGAUACUGUUGGGAAGCUGAAUACAAACGCUGUGAACCAGUUUCUGGUGGAAUUAAUGUUUUUCUUUGGCAAAGCUUUUUUCUAUCUUUUUCCUGUAUAUCUGGCCGGUUUUUUUGGAUUAAGUAUUAGCUGGAUCCUUUUGGGCUUGUUCUUUUGGAUGUGGUGGAAGAAAAAUAGAACAGGGAAGCUCGCUCGGUUGUCUUCAGCUUUUGAAGUACUCGAACGCGAAAAAUAUAUAAUAGCCAAAGAAAUCUAUGAUCACAUGCCAGCAUGGAUUAAUUUUCCAGAUAUUGAACGAGUUGAAUGGUUAAACAAGAUCCUGCAGCAGGCAUGGCCAUUUUUUGGUUCAUACAUGGACAAACUUCUUAAAGACACUAUAGAGCCGUCAAUUAGGGGUUACAGUAUGCACCUUAAAACCUUCACUUUUACCAAAAUUGAUUUUGGAGAAAAGUGUUUUCGAAUCAAUGGAGUUAAAACAUACACUAAAGAGGUAGAUAAGAGACAAGUGAUACUGGAUCUUCAGAUAAGGUAG